UCAAGUAAGGUAAAUUAAUGUACUUUCAGUCCAGAGAAAAUGUUACAAAGAGAAUUAUGGAAGAAACAGAAGGCAUCAUGGUACAUCCCAACCAGGAGCCUGCAGUUAUAGCUGGGCAAGGAACAAUUGCGCUAGAAGUGCUGAACCAGGUUCCCUUGGUGGAUGCACUGGUGGUACCUGUAGGGGGAGGAGGAAUGGUUGCUGGAAUAGCAAUUACAGUUAAGGCUCUGAGACCUAGUGUAAAGGUAUAUGCUGCUGAACCCUUGAAUGCAGAUGACUGCUACCAAUCCAAACUGAAAGGGGAACUGAUCCCCAACCCAUAUCCUCCAGAAACCAUAGCAGAUGGUGUCAAAUCCAGCAUUGGCUUUAACACCUGGCCUAUUAUAAGGGACCUUGUAGAUGAUGUCUUCACUGUCACAGAAGAUGAAAUUAAGUAUGCAACCCAGCUGGUGUGGGAGAGGAUGAAACUACUCAUUGAACCUACAGCUGGUGUUGGAGUAGCUGCUGUGCUGUCUAAGCAUUUUCAAACAGUAUCCCCAGACGUAAAGAACAUUUGUAUUGUCCUGAGUGGUGGAAAUGUAGACUUAACCUCCCUAACUUGGGUAAAGCAGGCUGAAAACCCAGCUCCUUUCCCAUCUGUUUCUGUUUAAUUAUGCAAAAGGAAAAGAUUCAAUGUCUAUAGAUACUUGAACAUUUUGUUUCCUUGUCAUUGUCAACAUUCCAUCUUUCCCUCUUAAAAGUUUUCAAAUGUUUAAUGGGAUAUUUCAGUUAAGAUUUAAUAG